AUGCGUAGUGCCGCAAUGCGGGUGGUGGUGGGUGGUGGGACAGGCUUCGUGGGCAGAGCCUUGACCCAGCUGCUGCGGAGCCGAGGGCACCAAGUGACCCAUGUGUCGCGACGAGGGGGCAAGGAUCGGAUCACCUGGGAAGAGCUGUCCCGCUCCGGACUGCCCCUGUGUGAUGCUGUGGUCAACUUGGCUGGUGAAAAUGUCCUCAACCCUUUCCGCAGAUGGGGUGAUGCCUUCUGCAGGGAGGUCAUCAGCAGCCGGGUGGAGACCACGAAGACCUUGGCCAAAGCCAUUGCUGCUGCUGAACAGCCACCCCGUGCCUGGGUCCUCAUCACUGGCGUAGGUUAUUACCGCCCCAGCCCCACAGCUGAGUACACUGAGGACAGUCCAGGAGGGGAUUUUGACUUCUUCUCACGCCUGGUGAGCUCGUGGGAGGCUGCAGCUCUCAUCCCUGGGAGCCCAGCUCGUGGCGUUGUGGUGAGAUCAGGUGUAGUGCUGGGUCGAGGUGGUGGUGCAAUCUCUCAGAUGCUCUUGCCUUUCCGUCUGGGACUUGGAGGCCCCAUGGGCUCUGGACUCCAGCCCUUCCCGUGGAUCCACGUUCAGGACCUGUCUGGGAUUGUGUGUCAUGCCCUGGAGAAAGAGUCUGUGCGAGGCAUCCUGAACGGUGUUGCCCCAUCCUCCCCUGGCACCUCCAAUGGCACCUUUGCCCGGGAGCUGGCCGCAGCCCUGGGCCGCCCGGCGCUGGUGCCGGUGCCCGCCUGGGCAGUGCGGGCAGUCUUUGGGGCAGAGCGGGCAGCCAUGCUGCUGGAGGGACAGAGGGUGCUGCCAAAACGCACCCUGGAGAGCGGCUACCACUUCAUCUUCCCCGAGCUGCCUGGAGCUCUCAAGGACAUUGUGGCUUAAGGCUGCCCGGUUGGGCUGGGCCCUGUUUGUGUGAGAGCACAUGCCUUCCCAUCAAAGAGGGGAGCCCUGCCCUUGGCACUUCCCCAUCCCCAAACAGAAAGGGUGAGCAGUCCUUUCCUCCUGUAUGUCCCUGUGUACAUCCCCAGUUUAGGAUUCAUCCCUCUUACUGCCAUCUGAAUCUCAACAUUGCCUGCAUUUGGAGAAGGGCAGGAGUCCCUCAAAGGACUGGCUAUGGAAUUGCCCAUCUUCCCUUUUGCAUGGUGUGUGUGAACUGCUGGCAAAGCAGCUGGGGGUGUAAUGUCUUCUCCCUGAGAGAUGUGGCAGCAGGAAGCAGGUCCUAAUGCUGUUGUGAUUCUUCUGUGCUACUGGAAGUCACCCUUCCUGUUUUUCCCCCUGAUGACACAGGUAAAGCAGAAGAGCCUAAGUCUCUUAGUCCUGGAGGCUGUGGGGGAAGAUCCAUCUUAGGGUGCUGAUUACAGAUUGCUUGGAGACUGCACUCUCUUUUCUUGUGGCUGGUACCAAGUUGAUGUGUCAGUACCCUCAGCUGAGUCUAGUCCAAGCAAUUAUACCUUCCAGGGUUCCAUACCCCUUGUGCUGUGGCAGGGAUGAAGGAGAACACUGCUUUGCCAGCCUAUAGGGCAAAGGGUGACAAUCAGACUGUGGCCCCUGGACUGCUUUGCCUUGGCUAAGUGCCCGUUACAUCUAAGCUUGAGCUCAGGAAAGGUGGGUGGUACAUCAUUGUGUGAGGCAGCACAAGUCACAGCUUCAGUCUCAAGGAGCCUUUCAUCUGUUGCCUUCAUUGUGCUUUUCUCAGACCCGGAUUGUUUUCUUUAACUGAUCCCAGGGGGUGGUGCUUGUGUUCAGGGUGUUCCCCCUGACUUGGGCACUGAGAAUAUCCAAGCUGCCUUGUCUGCUUUGGGAAGCAUUGCCUCUUCCCCUUUAAAGCAGAUUGCAAUUUCAUCAUCUCACAGUGGCUGGAAAUGUAUCCACAUGCUUUCCUUGACCCACUUCCAUAUCCUGAAGUGGGUUGCAGGGUGUGAAGUCCACAGAGCGGUGACAUUUAUUAAAGCAGUACUUCUAGAGAGAUAUUCCUAGUGUGAUGUAGGUUGGGGCUAGAAAAUUCUAUUAAAAGGCACUUAAGGCAGAUAAAGACCUACUCCUUACCAUCCAGAACAACAGCAGUCCAUGUAUUUCUGGUUUAUGCCAUGCUGUAGUCAGAGUAGCUGAAGGAUCACUCUCCUGACUCUGCUCAGUGCAUACUGGAGACAGAAUGGCAAUCUGCUGGCUUUCCAGGCAGGAAAAUUAGAGUGGGAUUGCAGAUGGAACUGGAGACAUCCUUGCAGUUAGUGUAAGUGCAGCCAGAUGAAAUGGGACUUUGGGAAUAGUCAUGAAAGCAGCAUGGUUUGAGAUACAAGUGGGUGGCUUGGACUGUCUUUGCUGCCUGUUGGUUAGGUGCAGCUUCCUUCCUCUUCCCAAGAGCUUUCCUGUCUGAGAGCAGGCUGACAUACUCUGUGUCUGAGAUACAGACCCAGUUCCUUGUGGGUCAGUACAGUAAGGACAAUCAGCAGUGCUGCUUUAGACACUUCAGCUGAGAUUUUGGAGCCUCAGGCUUCACAGCUUCCCCAGAUGUUGUGGUCUGCAGCAUCCUUCUGUCAGCCAGGCUGCUUAGCCAGCCCAGUUAGGUUGCUGAUGAUUGAUGAUUGCAAUGGCUUUGGGUUGUGGUUGGAAAUGAGAGCAAGUAUGACUGGAGAAGUGCCACCUUCAGCUCUUCUGAAAGAGGUGUUUGUAUCCCACAGAGAACUGCCACAAAGCAGAGUUCCCAGGCCUUGGACUCACUGCCUAGCUGUGUAACUCAGGAUGUUUGAAAAGUUGCCUCUGUGUGGUGUUUAGCUUAAAUACAUCACAGGUUUA